CAGGGGCGGGGCGUGGAGCGCUCAGAGGUGGCACGUGGGAGCCGAGCCUGGGGCCACGGCGCGGGACGUGGAGGGCUCAGGGGCGCGGCCGCAUAUCCGAUAGGCUGGGCGGGGUUGGGACGCGGGCGGGACGGGCGCGAGCGAGGACGCGAGCCUCGAACGCCUUGAUGUCCAGACGGCGGCGGCCGCAGCCUCGACCUCCCGGCGCCCUUGCGCGGGGGCGCCCUGGCCGAAUGCCCUUGGCCCCCAGCCGGCCAUGUCCCCGCCUGCGCCGCCCACCACGCUGCUGCCGUCGGAGCGCGCCGUGGUGCUGCUGUCCUGCGCGCUGUCCGCGCUGGGCUCGGGACUCCUGGUGGCCACGCACGCCCUGUGGCCAGACCUGCGCAGCCCGGCACGGCGCCUGCUGCUCUUCCUGUCCCUGGCCGACCUGCUGUCGGCCUCCUCGUAUUUCUAUGGGGUGCUGCGGGACUUCGCGGGCUCCUCGUGGGACUGCGUGUUGCAGGGUGCGCUCUCUACCUUCGCCAACACCAGCUCCUUCUUCUGGACGGUGGCCAUUGCCCUCUACCUGUACCUCAGCAUCGUCCGCUCCACGCGUGGUCCCGGCUCAGACCGCCUACUCUGGGUCUUCCACGUUGUCAGCUGGGGUGUCCCACUGGUCAUCACAGUGGCAGCUGUCGCUCUAAAGAAGAUCGGCUAUGAUGCCUCAGAUGUGUCCGUGGGCUGGUGCUGGAUCGACCUGGAGGCCAAGGACCACGUCCUGUGGAUGCUGCUGACCGGGAAGCUGUGGGAGAUGCUGGCUUAUAUCUUGCUGCCCCUGCUCUACCUCCUGGUCAGGAAGCACAUCAACAGAGCUCAUGAGGCACUCUCAGAGUACCGGCCUAUCCGCGAGGGGCCCCAGCUCCAGCGACAUUCCUCCUCCGUGGCUGAUAAGAAGCUGGUCCUCAUCCCACUGAUCUUCAUUUGCCUCCGGGUCUGGAGCACCGUGCGCUUUGUCCUGACCCUCUGUGGCUCCCCAGCAGUACAGUCACCAGUGCUGGUCGUUCUGCAUGGCAUUGGGAACACCUUCCAGGGAGGCGCCAACUGUAUCAUGUUUGUCCUCUGCACGCGUGUGGUCCGCACAAGGCUCUUCUCCCUCUGCUGCCGCUGCUGUCCUCAGCCCUCUGCCCAGAGCCCUCCUGGGGUUCCUGCUCCUUCCAAGAUGGGAGAAUCUCAGGAACCCAGACGGAUCCCAGAGGAGCCUCCCAGCACCUGAGCAUUUGAUGUUCACCUAUGUGGUACACUGGAAGCCCCCACUGGUGAAGCUCUGGGCCUUGGUGAGGGAGCAUGAGCCAGCUCAGCCUCCUCUACCUCCUAGCCCCUCAGGCACACGUCCCUUUCCUUGUACACCAUGUCUGUCCUGAAACCAGGCCAGGGGGCGGGGGGUGUUGUUUGUAUAAGCUUAAAGAUGUGAGGUGGAAGGAGGCCAGACAUGCAAGAUCCUGCCAGGGUAGUGGUUCUCAGUGUCCUGAGGCCACCAGCACUGUUUACGGUGUGAGGGACCCACACCUGAGGUACCCAUCCCACACAUGACUAAAAAAUAUACCAGGGAUUUCCAGAGAUGCCUCUCCUACCCAGGCAUCACUUGUCAGGGCGUUGCGAUUCCCUGGAGAACCUGGGAUAACAUGCAGUUCCCUUAAGUCAGGUCACAGGUCCCCUGAGGUCACAGGGUAAUGCCGUCAUUGAGCAGAGUCCAGCACAGCCAACCAGGAACAUACUUGUGGGCGCCUUAUGGGUCUCUGUGGGUCACCGACCUGCAAUGUCAGUUGCAUUUGAGUUUCAGGCCAGAGCCCAGAGUCCUGUUCAUUAGCCAGUCACAUAACAUUCAGGUCCCCUCUUCCAGUGCCAAGCCAGGGGGCAGCGCAGCUCUGGUGUCUGAGGACAGUACACAUGCUCACCUGGUGUUUACAUGGAACCCCUGUGUUUAGAGUGACUCAUACGGGGGUGAGUUGGGAGGGGGUCUGGCUUAUACAUUUCCUUGUUUAGAUUUUUGUAGGAAAGGUUAAUAGUCCAAAUACUGAUUCCUCCCUGAAGGUGAAUGUUUUGACACUCAGCCAUGGGCUGGGGUAUAGCUCAGUGAUAGAGUAUGUGUAAGGGCUGGGGUUGAUCCUCAGCACCAAAAGAAGCUGCCUCUGUGUGCGUGCGUGCGUGCGUGCGUGCGUGUGUGUAUGUGUAUGUGUGUUGAGGGAGAUAGCAACUGGGAUUCUGGGAUGACUGAUUUUUAAAAUUUUUCUGUGCUGAAGCCUUGUGCAUGCUGGGUAAGUGCUCUACCACUGGGCUAUACCCUUACUCUUCCAUAUUUUUGUUUUGAGACAAGGUCUCACUAAGUUGUCCAGGAUGGCCUUGAACUUGCAAUCUUCCUACCUCAGCCUCCCACAAAGUUGGGAUUACAGGCUCCUGCCACCAUCCCUGAGCAGAAAAGAACUUACCUGAGCAUCGUGUCUCUAUGCGCUGUGACUCUUCUAAUACUUUCCUCAUUCAGAAAGCAGUUUCUCUGUUCAUUCACAGAAGUUAAGAACAGGAAGUGUAGCUGUCACCUUGGAGGCCUGAUGAGGGAAUGUACCGCUUUAUCCAGUAGGCCGCUCCCUUGGAGUCUGUCAGUAAUCCACAAAGCUGAAAUGAUUUUCAGAGCUCCUAAAGUGUCUCCGGAUAAAAGCAAAGUCAUGCUGGGCCAUUGAUUCCUGUUUUUGUUCUCAAAAACAGCAUUUCUACCAGGAAAGGAAUGCUCAUAAGAGGACUGUGUCCACAAUGCUCUUCGGUUUCCUUGGAAAACAUUUCUUUAGGAGCACCAGCAGGAAGUGGACAUCCCCUUGAGAGCCACAGAAAACUGAGCCGCCCUGGGGACAGUUCCUUGGCAGUGGGCCAUUUCCUUAUAGAAAUAGCCUAUAUAGGGCAGCCUCAACUCCCAUAAAGAUCUAACAGCAACUUUCUGAAUUAGCAGCAUGCAGCUGGUAAUGAUCUCUUAGCCUCUAGAAUGGAACAGGAAUCCAGGAAUGUUCUUCCUGCCAAAGAGAAAAUGUUCCACAGAGAUGAUGUUAAAAUAAACCCAGCUCGGCAGGGGGCUGUGGCGCCCUGGCUGCCUCUGGCUUGAGACUGAGACCUGACUGGCUAUACCCUGAAAAGGCCUGCAGAGGGAGUCAGGGACUCAGAAAGCCCCUGUUCCUAGAGCCUGGGGCUCACUCUAAAUCAUUAUUUUUCUCCUGUGCUUGCUGAUAGAUGCCCUUGACCAGGCCCUCUAUAAAACCUCCCACAUAGUCACAUAUCUUGGCUCUUUCUGUCUGCUUCUUUCGUCACUCUGGCCCUAUGAGCUUACAAGACAUCAACCUCUACCUGUUUCUCAGAGUCAAUGACCAAGUGGGUCUAGUGAGUAGGCAGAGUCCAGAACUGAAGAGGGAUUGAGGGUGAACCCUAAAUGCCCCACACAAGGCCAACUGCUCAGUUUAUACUUUGUUUAGCCCCGGGUGGGUUUCUUUCUCUUCUAGUUAGUGUUGCCAGUAUUUAUCUGCCUGUGUCCCUCAACCAGUCAAGUGUGACCUCAGCCUUAAGGGGUGCUGCAGCCUCCCGGUGUCCACAGCCCCCAUCUCCCUUGUGUACUUUCUGAAUCUUGUUCUAAUCAGGUUUACCAGCUGCCUCUGUGUGCUUCUGUGGCUUUAUUUGGUGGUGGGAGAUACUGGGGAUUGAACCUAGGGCCUUGUACCAGACAAGUGCUCUAAUGCUACGCUAUAGCCCCAGCCCUUUUGCACUUAAAAAAAUUUUUUUUUGAGACAGGAUUCUUGCUUAGUUGUCCAGGAAGGCCUCGAACUUGUGAUCCUCCAGCCCACUUUGCCCGUGGUUAGGAUUACAGGCCUAUGCCACCAAACCCAGUGGCUUUCUGAAGCUUUUGGGUUGGUUUGUUCUCUCUCUCCCUCUCUCUCUCUCUCUCUCUCUCUUUAAAAUAAAGAUUAUGAUAUGGCCCAAGCUCAGGGUACAAACAAAACUCUUCAUGUUUUUAUGAACUUUCUUAUAAGAGGUGUGAGCCUUUUUAAGAACUUCCUUAUAAGUGUGAGAUUUUGCAGGAGGGUGAUGCUAACCCUGACUGGGUAGAGGACAAAGUCUUGCUGUUUUAAAUGAAAUAAAUCAUUAUUUUUCUCCUG